UAGCGGUCGCGUAAGACGAAGUGGCUGAUGACGCUUCCACAGUGGCCGGCGUUGGCCAGACGUGGAUGGAUGUUGAUGAAGCAGACUAUCUUCCUCCGCCGUCGGCUUCCACGGCCGUCUCCUGGAUGUGAACCGUGGCUUCCGCGCUUGGACUGCCUCCCAAAGGCGGGUUCUUGAUCAUGUUCUUGCGCUCCUGCGCGAGCCCGCACGAGGUUCAGCGAUUUCGUUUGAGCGAAGGGGAUUGUUGACGGAUCGGUACAGCUUCACUGCGACACUUUGUUUCCUUUUUCAGCUCCUCGGAUUGGUUGAAGUUCUGAGGCUCCCAUGGCGAAAUGCAAGCAGAGGAAAGGGACCGAGUUUGUUCUCUGGGGAAAGAGAAGAUCCUCCAAAGAUUACGGGGGCUGGAGACAUUAGAAGCGAGUAGUCGAGCGAGAUGCAGUGUUGCGGCUGUUUUUGCAGAAAGAUUUAGCUUUGGGUUGGGUGCGAUUCUUUCGUUUUCAGAGGCCGUCCGAGGGUCGUCCGUGUGAAAGCGCGUACUUGAGGGUUUUCGGUGCGAAAAAACGCUUUAAGAAGUUGAGAUUUUUACCGCUUCUCUGUCGGAUCGAAGCGGCCAUAGCAGUGAUUUCAGUGCUUUUUUGGCGUUUUCUGAAGCUUUCACUCGCUCCUUUAAAGUGCAGUCCGUGAAGAGAUAAGCUGCGAACUCCAAAGAGGGGAGAGCUGGAGAGCGUUGGGAGAGAGAUCCAAGUGUCGGGUGCCACGGGGUGGGGGGGUGGGGUUUGGUCCUGCUGUUGCUCAUCCCUCGUCUCUCUUAAUUUUCUAUUCAGCCGCUAAAAGAGAAUCUCUCUCUUUCCCUUUCCCUUUCUAAGCCUGGGUCCCCGUGCUCGGAGCCCGUCGAGGUCCGAGAUUCGAAGCAGCCAAUCGGUUCUAGGGUUCCCAUAAUAAAGAAAUCGCCGUUUUUUUUCUCUUCUCGAUCCGGUGCCAUUUCGCAGGCGAAAGCAUGGGCUGCAAGACUUGAUCUUUGGUCCAUCGAUCAGCCGGUAUUGGGUCUCCUCGACGGUUCCUUUUAUUAGUAAAAAGGUGCUUCAUCCUUUGGUGCCAAGAUGAGGGGAGCUGUUCUUGUUGCGGUAGCUGCUUCGAUUGGGAACUUGUUGCAGGGAUGGGAUAAUGCCACCAUAGCAGGAGCUGUUCUGUACGUCAAAAAGGAAUUUAAAUUGGAGACCCAGCCAACUAUGGAGGGGUUAAUAGUAGCCAUGUCACUUAUUGGUGCUACUAUCAUCACGACAUUUUCUGGAGCAGUAUCAGACAUGGUUGGUAGGCGACCGAUGCUAAUUAUUUCAUCAGUCUUAUAUUUCGUCAGUGGUUUGGUGAUGUUAUGGUCUCCCAAUGUCUAUGUCUUGCUCUUGGCAAGGCUUAUUGAUGGAUUUGGAAUAGGUCUUGCUGUGACGCUUGUUCCUGUAUAUAUUUCUGAGACUGCUCCAUCAGAGAUAAGGGGAUUGUUGAAUACACUUCCACAGUUCAGUGGCUCCGGAGGCAUGUUUCUGUCAUACUGUAUGGUUUUUGGGAUGUCACUAAUGGCAAAUCCAGACUGGCGAGUGAUGCUUGGUGUUCUCUUUAUUCCUUCCCUCCUAUAUUUCUUAUUGACAAUGUUCUAUAUGCCGGAGUCUCCAAGGUGGCUCGUAAGCAAAGGGAGAAUGCUGGAAGCAAAAUUGGUUUUGCAAAAAUUACGUGGAAGGGAAGAUGUUUCAGGAGAAAUGGCCCUUCUUGUUGAGGGCUUGGGAGUAGGUGGCGAGACAUCCAUUGAGGAGUACAUAAUUGGCCCUGCUAGUGAGCUUGAUGACCAGGGAGCAAUUGCUGACAAGGAACAGAUCACGUUGUAUGGGCCAGAAGAGGGUGUUGCCCUGGUUGCUCGGCCCGUAAAGGGGCAAAGCAUCCUUGGAAGUGCUUUCAGUCUUUUAUCUCGCCGUGGUAGUAUGGAAAUACAGAGUAACAUACCACUGAUGGAUCCUCUGGUGACCCUAUUUGGAAGUGUCCAUGAGAAGCCACCUGAGAUGGGCAGCAUGCGAAGCACACUGUUUCCUAAUUUUGGAAGCAUGUUUAGUGUGGCUGAGCAGCAACCUAAGAAUGAGCAGUGGGAUGAGGAAAAUCUUCAACAGGAGAGUGAAGAUUAUGCAUCUGAUGCUGGAGGAGAUGAGUCUGAUGACAAUGUACACAGUCCAUUACUUUCUCGUCAAACAACAGCCAUGGAAGUGAGGGACAGUGUCCCACCGAGUGACAGUGUUUUCAGGCAAACUAGUAGUCUGACCCACAUAAAUGCUGGAGAGGCAGUCAGUAGCAUGGGUAUUGGUGGGGGAUGGCAGCUGGCUUGGAAAUGGUCAGAGGAAGAAAUUCAAGAUGGGAAGAAGGAAAGAGGGUUCAAAAGAAUCUAUCUACACCAGGAGGGUGUCCCUGGGUCACGGAGAGGUUCUCUUGUUUCGCUUCCAGGAGGUGAAGCCCAAGAAGGCAGUGCAUUUGUCCAGGCUGCAGCAUUGGUGAGUCAGCCUGCUCUUUAUUCUAAGGAGCUCAUGGACCAGCAUCCAAUUGGCCCAGCAAUGGUUCAUCCAUCAGAAACAGCUGCUAAAGGGCCAAGGUGGUCAGAUCUUUUUGAAGCAGGAGUAAGACAUGCCUUGUUUGUUGGAAUUGGGAUCCAGAUCCUUCAGCAGUUUGCAGGCAUAAAUGGGGUGCUCUACUACACUCCUCAGAUACUUGAGCAAGCUGGUGUUGAAGUCCUGCUCUCAAAUAUCGGCAUCAGUUCAGAUUCAGCAUCUCUCCUUAUUAGUGCUCUCACAACAUUGUUAAUGCUUCCCAGUAUUGGCAUUGCCAUGAGGCUUAUGGAUAUGUCAGGGAGAAGGUUCCUUUUGCUGUUCACAAUCCCCAUCUUAAUAGCAUCACUGAUUGUUUUGGUUGUUGCCAACCUCGUAGAACUGGGCAAUGUGGUUCAUGCAGUGCUUUCCACUGUCAGCGUUAUUGUUUACUUCUGCUGCUUUGUCAUGGGAUUUGGACCAGUCCCAAAUAUACUUUGCGCAGAGAUCUUCCCAACUCGGGUCCGUGGUGUGUGCAUAGCUAUCUGUGCACUUACUUUCUGGAUAGGAGACAUUAUAGUCACCUACACCCUACCUGUGAUGCUUGACACCAUUGGCCUUGCUGGCGUGUUUGGGAUUUAUGCAAUAGUUUGCGUCAUAGCUUUUGUGUUUGUGUUCCUAAAGGUUCCCGAAACAAAGGGCAUGCCUCUUGAAGUUAUCACAGAGUUCUUCGCUGUUGGGGCGAAACAAGCUGCUGCACGAAAUUGAUUGUACUCAGCUAUUAUUAUCACAAAGGUAUCUUCAGACAUCCUGGCCAUUUCUUGCAUACCUCUAAAGAUGAAAUUACUGUGUGUGAGCAUUUAGAGUGAGACUACAGAUGAGAAACCAAAAGAGAUGCACAUUUAAGCAACCCAAGGUACUUGAUCUAGUAUUUGGUGUUCGAUCUGGUAAUGAUAAGAGUCGACGUUUGGAGUUCAUCUACCUUCCUUUCAAUGGCAUUAUCUUCUUCUUCCUUGUAAUAUUUUCUUAUGUAAGAAUGUUUUUUUUCGUGGAUUUCUUCUACGACUAGGAACUGAUGCAACCAGUAAAACUUUCUGUGAAUUUGAAGCUAAUAAUUGUGUGCA